GGAGGAGGAGCAGCAGAUCUAGGAGGGGAGCCUUGAUGCCUGCGAUUGGACAAGUCGACACUCAGGAGAUGGUCAGCGUGUGUGGAGGGGACAAUUCACCAGAGAGGGAGGUGGGGGGGAGAGAGACGUGCCAGCCAGAGCCAAAGCCAGGGGAGGGUAAAGCAAUAAAGCAGAAUGCAAGCAGCUAGCCAGUCAGUGUCAGGGCACAGGCUCACAGGGUGCAUGAAGUGAAAUGACUGUGUCACUUAAGAGGAAGAUUAGUACAAUCAUUGCCACUGUACACGCUCCCAUUUUAGCAGCUAGGAGCAAGGUGUUUGUGUGAAUGUUUUGUGUGUGUGUGUUUGCAGUGUCAAGGAAGGGCUGGGCUUGUUCAGGUCAAGGAAGGCGGUGUCUGUGACAGGUUACUGUAGUCUGGUGCCUGAAUCUGAUUGCUCUCGUUCACUGCUGUGACUCUGCCAAGGAGAUUAAAUUGUGUGUGUGUGUUUAAAAAAAUAAGGAGAUAAGCUGCUCAGGCUUGGUUAACCCGACCUCAGCUGAAACCGUCUCUCUGUGUGGGGGAGAAAGAUGAGCUGUGAGACAGCACUGGCUAAUGAGACUAUGUACCAACCCGGGCAAUCGCUCCAGCCAACCGCUCACAUCCCGGAUUUGGAAACCUACAAGGAAUUGUACAAGAAAUCCAUCGAAAGCCCUGGAGAAUUCUGGGCCGAAUUUGCCAAAGAGUUUUACUGGAAAAGUCCUCCAACUGGAGCAAUUCUGGACUACAACUUCAAUGUGAAGAAAGGGAGCGUUUACGUAAAGUUCAUGGAAGGAGCAACGACGAACAUCUGCUACAACCUCCUGGACCGAAACAUACAGCAACAUGACCAGGGAGACAAAGUGGCUUAUUACUGGGAAGGGAAUGACCCCAACGAUUGCUCCACCAUCACGUACUCUCAGCUUCUGAAGCAAGUCUGCAAAUUUGCUAAUGUGUUACGCUCUCUGGGGGUGCAGAAAGGAGACAGAGUUGCCAUCUAUUUACCUAUGAUCCCGGAGCUGGUCUAUGCAAUGCUGGCAUGUGCAAGAAUAGGAGCAGUACAUUCAAUAGUGUUUGCAGGUUUCUCAUCAGAAUCUCUGUGUGAGAGAAUAUUAGACUCCCACUGUUCAUUCCUGGUUACUGCAGAUGGUUUUUACAGAGGAGAGAAGAUUAUAAAUGUGAAGCAGAUUGCAACCGAAGCUUUGGAAAAGUGCCAAGACAAAGAAAACUUCGCUGUGAAAAAGUGUGUUGUGGUGCAACAUUUUGGCAACAGGACAAGGGACAAUGGCGUUAGACUUGACAGUGAUAACCUGCAGUUACCCUGGAAGCCAGAGACGGACAUGUGGUGGCAUACUGUAAUGCAGGGAGCUGACGAGGAGUGUGAGCCAGAAUGGGUGGAUUCUGAACAUCCGCUCUUCAUCCUCUACACAAGUGGGUCCACUGGGAAACCCAAGGGUGUCCUGCACACUGUGGGCGGUUACAUGAUUUACACGGCUAUCACGUUCAGGUAUGUUUUUGAUUACCACCCUGCCGAUGUGUACUGGUGCACGGCUGACAUUGGCUGGAUUACCGGACACUCCUAUAUCACCUACGGGCCGCUGGCAAAUGGAGCCACGAGCAUUCUGUUUGAAGGUGUUCCGCUGUAUCCUCACGUGGCCAGGCUGUGGGAAAUUAUUGAGAAGUACAAAGUGACAACAUUUUACACAGCGCCUACGGCAAUCAGAAUGUUGAUGAAGUUUGGCGAGGAACCUGUGAAGAAGUACAAUCUUGAGUCUUUGAAAAUCCUGGGGAGUGUUGGAGAGCCCAUAAACCCCGAGGCUUGGCUGUGGUUUUACAACGUCAUUGGAAGCGGCCGGUGCCCCAUCAUGGAUACCUUUUGGCAGACGGAGACGGGUGGCCAUGUGAUGACUCCUUUGCCGGCAGCUACGCCUUUGAAGCCAGGAUCCGCUACGUUCCCGUUCUUCGGUAUUCUUCCUGCUAUCGUGAACGAGCAUGGUGAGGAGCUGGAAGGGGAAGCUGAGGGAUAUCUGGUGUUCCAGCAGCCGUGGCCAUCCAUAAUGCGCACCGUGUACGGGGACAGCGAGCGUUACGAGUCCGUCUACUUCAAGAAGUUCCCGGGCCUUUACGUGACCGGAGAUGGGUGCCGGAGAGACAGAGAUGGCUAUUACUGGAUCACUGGGCGGAUCGAUGACAUGAUGAAUGUCUCAGGUCACCUGCUGAGCACGGCUGAGGUGGAGUCAGCCCUGGCGGGGCACGAAGCAGUUGCAGAGGUGGCGGUGGUCAGCUGCUCCCACCCUGUGAAGGGAGAAGGCAUCUACUGCUUUGUGACCCUGAAGGAUGGGAGAGACUUGACGCAAUCCGUGACAGAAGAGCUGAAAAGACACGUACGGCAGAAGAUUGGACCCAUCGCUACCCCGGACUUCAUACAAAAUGCCCCGGGUCUCCCAAAGACACGAUCAGGUAAAAUCAUGAGGCGGAUCCUGCGGCGCAUCGCUUGCAACGAGAAGGAUUUGGGGGACGUCUCGACCCUGGUGGACCCGGGGGUGGUGGAGAUUCUGUACAGCCAGCGGUGCCAAGUGGCGGCCUGAGACGGUGGAGACCGUACAGCCAAUGCACUCCUCGCGACCAGGAGGCAGCGACCUACCUCAAGGCACCUGCGGACGGACCCUUUGCGCCAGGUUUCCCUCCCUUUCCUUCUCUCUCCUCCUCCCCCCAACUCAGCACACAUGCAGCGCACCUGGUUACACUGUCUCCUCAUUGCCAACAACAAAACGACAGGCAGCGGGACCUGGAACGAAAUGCACAAAAUUCAGGCACAGCUUCCGGCCUUCGCUCUGGUAUCGGAUCGAUACAGGAGGCCAGGGAAUUUUAUUACUGGCUGGCACUGCCAGUAACACUUGGGGGUGGGUGGGGGGGGGUGGUCUUAAAUCACACCAAUCUGUAAACCCACCUGGGUCUCGACUCUGUAUUUGCUUAGCGUUUUCAGAGGCUGCAAGAAAUUCUGACAAAUUCUUAAAUUCAGUCUUAACCUUGAGCCGGUUUCCUGGAGGACGGCUUCAAAAUUAGUCUAAAUUUGCUAGAAUGCCAGAUGGCUGCCUGGCUCAGUGGUUAUCGCUCUCGCCUCUAAGUCAGAAGGUUAUGGGUU